AUGGCAAGCAAAGAAGAUAUGGUUCUAGACCAUUCGCUUCUACUAGCCACGUCCCAUGAUGACCAAGAUAUCUUGAACGAGUUUUUAGACCAGCGGGUAUUCGACUCCAUGAACGCAAACUCGCCCAACCCUUCGGACCAUGUGAAACUCGAGGACUUCGAGAACUUCCACUCGGAGCUUUUCUCCCGCUUGAAAGACGAACAAACUCCCAUCAAGGCCGAAGCAGUUUCGCCAGCGCAUUCUUCGCCGCCCUUAUUCAGAGACGCAACGGACGAGCUUGGCAUGGCACUGGCCUUCACUGGCCCAAGCAGCCCGCAGAGCGCUUUUUCCAAAUCCAGAAACCUUCAGUUUGACAAUUACGAUGUGGUGCGCAAGGAAAUGUCUCGGGUCAAGUUCGGCAACUGCAACACAAACCCGUGCCCGCAAUCUGUCGAUGUGGCAGACGCUUCGUAUCUUGAUUUUUCUGCGGAUGCGCUCUCCAAACUUCCAUACACGCUUGAAGUGCUUGAUUUGCCCACAUACUCGCGUGUUGAGACCCAAACUAAGCUCCAGUUUCGUCUUUCGCCGCCUCCUCCACAGAACCUUCUUCACAUCCCACAGGACUUGAUCUCCAAAAGCAAGUUCUGUUUGCAGAACCCGGUCGAUUCUCUCCCUAACGUCUUGAGACAGAACAUGCUCUACAUGGAUGCGUAUGUUCUCACGUCCGACUUAUCCCGUUCUUGCAAUGUGUGUUCCCGAUGCAUCAAGAGAGAGCAGAAGAGAGCUCUGAGAUCCAAGCCGGGACCUAGCGAUUGCAGUACUGGAAAUUCUCCAACAAACGGCACCUCUAACAUGCUCAAAAACAACCCCAAUGCGUGGGCCGAUGAUAAGAUGAUGAAGAAGGCUAUCAUCUUGAACUGCAAAGAAAUCAUCAGUCUUCCAGAACCUUCAGGCUUGGCUAACGACCAGUUCCAGGCAUUUGACUUUUCUGCAAGACUAGUAUGCUAUUGUAGACAUCACAAGGAGCAAAAUGGUUUCAAGCUUCUUUUUGUACUCAAAGAUCACAGCGGCCAGGUUGUGGCCAAACUGUUAUCGACCCCGAUCAUGAUCAUGGACAGAAAGAAAAAUUCCGCAGCUGGCGGAAAGGAACUGUUGGGCUCCGAUUCAAGAAUGGCUAAUUUGGAUCUCUCUGAAAACUUGGAACACGACUUGGACUCGGGAUUGCAUCCUCUUUCACCAAAGUCUAUUGAUGACUCACCCACCGAAGGCUUGGCUAAUACGGAUACAAAUACCGAUUCAAAUACAGCGUCGCGUGGGUUGAAGAGAAAGAAGCUCUCGUUUGACGAUUCCUUCAACAGUUCAACAAACCCAAUGUUCAACGGCGGCAGUGGUUUCUCCCCACUAAGCAACAGCGAUACCAAUGCAUCAAUCCACAAUAUGAAUGGGAAGAAUAGUAUUGUUGGAGGCGUGCAUAAUUUUGGAAGUUCAUCAAGCGUAGCUCCUCAAGCAGUGACGCAGUCUCUAUCUAUCGCAAGACAAGGUCUGCUGCAACAUUUGCAGCAUUACCAACAACCAUCGCUCAAUCCUACAAUUCAAAAGAUUAUUCCUGCUCAGGGCCCUAUCCGUGGCGGCAUUGAAGUUACACUUUUGGGUUUCAAUUUCCGGCCUGGCUUGAUUGUCAAGUUUGGAACAAAGAAUGCAUUGGCCACACAUUGCUGGUCUGAGACCACAAUCGUGACAUACUUGCCUCCAGCAUCGCAGCCAGGGCAAGUAUUGGUGAGUUUUGAAAACCAUGACGAUAUUUUCUCAAGUGGCCAACAACUGAUUUUCACGUAUACAGACGACACCGAUCGCCAAUUGAUUGAAUUGGCGUUGCAAAUUGUUGGUUUGAAAAUGAACGGGAAAUUGGAAGACGCAAAGAACAUUGCAAAGCGUAUUGUUGGUUCCGACGGUGCUAAUGGGGCAGCCGGACAUACACCGUCUCCCAAUGGCACUCCUGGAAUGAACCAGACUAUGAACCAGGCCAACAUGGAUUGGUACAGCAAUGCCCAUAAAGCUGUCGAGGUUUUGUCGCGGUCUGAUCUUUCGACGGAAGAAAUCCUCAUCAACUUCCUCACAUUGGUGGAUCUCCCUAACUGUCCUAUUAUCAUUCCAAACUGGCAAUUAUGCAAUGCUGAGGGCCAGUCGCUUUUGCAUUUGGCCACUUUGAAAAAUUAUUCGCACCUAAUCAAGUUCUUAAUCACACACGGGUGCAAGAUUGAUAUUCAGGACAAUCAGGGCUUGACGCCGUUGUUUUUCGCUUCUAUGUGUGGCAACCGGCACUUGAUCAAAGCGUUCGUCGACUGCAAAUCCAACUGGAAUUUGAAGUUGAGCAACGACAAGUUCUUGAAAGAUUACUGUGAUAUGAACGUCCUCGAUAUUUUCCACGGACUCGAGUCCGACCAAGCACUUGGAGGAGAAACGAGUUCAUAUAUCUGCUCGGGAUCGGAUGUUGGAGAGGACGGGUUGAACAAAUCCUUCAGUGUCGAUUCGCUUAAUUCAAUGUUCAUGGUGGAUUACAGUAAACACAUUUCUCGCAUGGUAAUGGAUUCAUCUGAAGUCCAUGACGGCGAGGAUCUGGCGCUUGGCGCUCUGCAACACAGCUUGACGAAGGGUACCAGUGAACUUCCAACGCCGAAAUCGCCAACGCCGUUUGCUAAUGAUUCGGAUGACUUUGCUGAUUCUGAGCGGGACUCUGAAGACAACUUGUCUUUCUGCGAGGACCUUGACCACAACGACGCAGACCAAGAAGACGAGUAUACGGAUGACUACGACGAUGACUACUCUAGUUCAGAUUACGACACGGACACGCAAGAGCGGGUUCUUCAGGAAGGGUCUAGCUCGAGCCUCAUGCGUUCCGAACCCAACUUGUGGCAGAAGGUUAAGAAUGCUGUAUUCUCUAAUGACACCGAAAUGGAUUUGCCAACGUACGAUGAUCUUUUCCCCUUCAGCAAUUCUCGGGCCAGCGCUGGCCAUGAAUUGGAUGAUGACGCUGCUCCGGGAUCCAAAUCGUUUGGGGUGACUGAAGAUGCGCAAGAAGAUGUUGCAUCAGACUCGUCGGAGGACAUGGUGAUGUCAUUCAUCAACCACCCACGGAAGACUGUGCAGAAUGACAAGAUGUUGCUUUUCUUCUGGACGCCGGUGUUGGUGAUGAUUAUAUGUUUCUUCUCGUUUGUAUCCAUUACUGGCUACAAGGUUGAAAUGGUUGAGCAGUUGAAGCAGGUGUGCAGGAACACCAUUGGGAAUUUGGUUGUGGGUCACGAAAGAUUGGCCCGGGUUUUUUCUACUGAGCCGAUGCGACAUGUAGUCGAGUUGUAG